AUGUCCAUGGCCGCCGUCACCAAGAAGAAGAAGGUCAUCAUCGACACCGACCCAGGGAUCGGUCCGUAUCCACCCGUCCCACGCUCUCACGAUCCCCUCCUCUCUCGCGCGUUGACCGCGGCGUCAUAUCGCCGUCGCCGGCCUCCGUGGUCUCCCCCAACCCCGCAGUCGACGGCGACCCGGAUGCUUGCGCGCAGCGCCGUCCCCGGCCACCUCCUCCGCUCCACCGCCGCCACCGCCAACCCCGCAGUCGCGACGGCGGCGCUGCUGCAACAUCGUCGCCGACCCGGAUGCUUGCGCGCAGAAGAGGACCCGGCGGACCUGAACUCCUCUUCGCGAAGCCCCCUUAGGAGUGCAGCGACGCAGGCCUCGACACUGGACAAGACAAUAGGAAACUUGGAGACGGAGCUUCCGGCUGCAAGGACACUGCAGGAGUCAUUCCUCAACGGCUCUCCGGUUUCACAGGAGUAUAAGGCCUUCGAGUCGUUUGGAAGGCACAAGUACCUCAUGAUCAUCAGCAUCAACACGGCUUUCAGCAGCUGUAAGAGGAGGGAUUCCAUCCAGGUGCUAGGCUCCGGUGUUGAAGCCGUUGCUGACUUGAAGAAGCUCUUCUCAUUUGCUGAGCAAUAUGGUUAUGCUGAUUGGAUCUGUUUCGAUGCAUCUGUUGUUCGUGGCCUUGCAUACUACACGGGGAUUGUUUUUGAGGCUUUUGAUAGGGAAGGGGAACUGAGAGCGAUUUGUGGUGGGGGGAGGUAUGACAGGCUACUGUCAACAUUUGGAACUGAAGAUGUACCAGCCUGUGGCUUUGGAUUUGGAGAUGCUGUUAUAGUGGAACUGCUAAAAGAAAAGGGUCUUUUGCCUGACCUGUCACGUCAAAUAGAUGACAUUGUGUUCCCAUUGGACGAGGAGCUUGAAGGGCCAGCAUCUAGCGUUGCAUCCUCUCUGCGGAAGAAGGGCAGAUCUGCAGACCUUGUAGAAGACAAGCGUCUGAAAUGGGUGUUCAAACAUGCGGAGAGGAUAAACGCUAGCAGGCUGAUCUUGGUUGGGAAAUCCGAGUGGGAGCGAGGCAUGGUUCGUGUGAAGAUACUAUCAACCAGAGAAGAGUUUGAGGUCAAGGCGGGCGAAUUGCAGUAGCUGUUAGCUGAUCUGAUCGAUUUGAAGGUUUCACUUUUCCCCCUUCUUCUUUCUGAUCAUCUUCAACGCUGUAAAUUUUGCCGUUCACGUCGUGUAUACAAAACAAAUGUAUGGCUUUGAAUGCUAUUGCUAUCUUCUUUCGGAUCAUUCGUCUUGCAACAAACAAAGAAAAUUUAGGUUUUGCCAUUCACCAACAUGUGUAUAAAAUGCCUUUGCUGCCUGAGAA